AAGUCUGCUGUCUUAUUUUCAGUCUUCAAAGUCGAGCUGACAGCUAUGAAACUCUUUCUGCUGUGUAUUUUUGGCUUCAGUUUAGCUAAAUGCCACGAGAAUCGAUAUGGAUUGAAAGGAAAAUCGAUCCGUCUGAGCAUCAGUCCUGGAAACCAGUCAGAAGUCGUAUGGCGACGAUUCGACAGGAAAGUGUUGCUUGCAUACUUAGAAGACGUUUCACCUAUUUUUAGUAGAAAAAUAAGUUUAAACCUCUCAGAUUGGUCUUUGACCAUACACAACCUUCAGGAAAAUGACACUGGACUUUACGAGGCCGUUACGAAGUGGCAGGAUACAACUCUGGCUGAGUUCAAACUUACAGUGGAGAACACUCUCUCAGAGCCUGAAAUCGAAGUGAGUGCCCAUGAUGUAAAUUCGUCUGCCGGAGUGUGUCGGGCCGCGGUGAACUGCUCCAUCGAUGGCAGCUGGGCCUCGUACGACUGCGACCAGAGUGUGUGUGUGAGGACACAGGCGUCUCAAUCCUCCAUCGACAUCUCCGUCACUGUUCAGGACCGCAGCCUCUGGUGCCGCGUCAACAACCACGUCAGCAAGAAUCAUUCUCAGGCUCCCAACAUUAAGUGCCAUGAAAAACUGCAAAGUGAUUUGCCUUCUCCACCAGACCUCAUCUCUUGGAUCGCCGUCACCGCUGGCGUCGUUGUUGCGUUGGGAUUGUUAAUGGGUUUGAUCGUAGUAGUUGUCAAGAAAAGAAACACUUCAAAAGUUCACCCGCAGUCCAGUCAUGCUGUGACAGGUCGUGACAUGAAUACAGUGAUUGAACAGCAUCAUGAAACGGUCUACAGCACAGUGGAAAAGCCAGGCGCAUCCCAGAAUCCUCCAGGAAACAACACUGAAGCAACCAUCUAUGACACUCCAUCACGACAUCCCAGGGUCUGUCAAAUAAACAGUGUGACGCUAAUGACAGAGAACCAGGAGCAACAGCGAUCUGGACACGACAGAACUGUUAAAGUAAGAGCUACAGUACACAAGGCAGAAGAACCCGAUUCAGAACAAAUAAACACUGUAUACUGCAAACUAGGAGAGAUAUGACAGAUACAGAUACUGUACACGUCAGAGACACCACCGCAAUGGAGACUUAAA